AUGGCUGACCUCUACCCUUCGUUGGCGCAAUGCGCUAUCGUUGCAGCUGCUUUCAAGGUGCUGCUCUUCCCCGCAUACAAAUCGACCGAUUUCGAGGUCCAUCGCAACUGGCUCGCCAUUACCCAUUCCCUUCCAGUUCAAGAAUGGUACUAUGAGAAAUCCUCGGAAUGGACGCUCGAUUACCCACCGUUCUUUGCAGCCUUCGAGUGGCUGAUGUCGCAGGCCGCUGCAUAUGUGGACCCUGCGAUGUUGGUCGUGAAGAACCUUGAAUAUGAUUCCUGGCAGACCGUGUACUUCCAAAGAACAACCGUCAUCCUGACAGAGCUCGUUCUGGUCUAUGCGCUUAGUCGAUUCGUCAAGUCGGUUCCUUUGCCGAACAAGCAGGCUGCGCAUGUGGCCAGUCUUUCGAUCCUGUUAUCCCCCGGUCUUUUCAUCAUCGACCAUAUCCACUUCCAGUACAAUGGCUUCAUGUACGGGAUCCUAAUCCUAUCAAUCGUCCUAGCCCGCAAGCAGUCGACUAUCCUAUGGAGCGGAAUUCUCUUCGCGAUCCUAUUGUGCAUGAAGCACAUAUAUCUCUAUCUUGCUCUUGCCUACUUCGUCUACCUGCUGCGCAGCUAUUGCCUUGAUCUGAAAUCGGUUUUCCGACCUCGAUUCGGUAACAUCAUCAAGCUUGGGUUUUGCGUGGUGGCUGUGUUUGCAGUUGCCUUUGGCCCAUUUGCGCAAUGGGGCCAGUUGCUGCAACUCAAGGAUAGGCUGUUUCCGUUUUCGAGAGGGUUGUGUCACGCUUACUGGGCGCCGAAUAUCUGGGCGAUGUACUCCUUCACUGAUCGAGUGUUGAUUCAGCUUGCUCCGAGGUUGGGACUUCCUGUGAACACGGGUGCUCUAAACAGCGUCACCCGAGGACUGGUUGGCGACACCUCCUUCGCCAUCCUCCCGGAAGUCACUAAAGAACACACCUUUAUCCUGACCUUCUUGUUCCAGCUGAUUCCUUUGAUCAAGGUCUGGUUCAAUCCAGGCUGCUGGGAUACAUUUGUUGGCGCGCUAACCCUCUGUGGCUACGCAUCCUUCCUCUUCGGCUGGCACGUGCACGAGAAGGCCAUCCUUCUCAUCAUCAUCCCCUUCAGUCUCAUCGCGCUCAAGGACCGUCGCUACUUCAGCGCUUUCCGACCCCUGGCGGUUGCGGGACACGUCUCUCUCUUCCCACUUCUGUUUACGGCAGCCGAGUUCCCUCUCAAGACUGUCUACACAGUGAUGUGGUUGGUGUUAUUCCUCUUCGUCUUCGAUCGAGUCGCACCUGUCCCCGAACGACCCCGAAUUUUCUUAUUCGACCGGUUUUCACUGCUCUACUUGACUGUGUCAAUCCCACUGAUAAUAUACUGCUCCUUGGUGCAUCAACUGAUAUUCGGUUGGGACCGACUAGAGUUCCUGCCAUUGAUGUUCAUGAGCAGUUAUUGUGCUCUUGGUGUGGUUGGAAGCUGGGUGGGCUUCAUGGUGGUGUACUUUACAGCAUAA